UAAUAUGUUUCACCAGCUUGCUGCUUGUGCGAAGUCUAGCUAGGGGAGAGGAGCCGUAUGAGUACAGAGAAUACGUUUUAUUAUAAAUGAACAGAAACUAUCAGAAUGUUUUAAACCCGAUUACGUGGAAGAAAGAACCAAAACAGUCUUGCAGAUUGAUUAUCGGACCAUAAAGGAAAACCUUUCCUUCACGACAGUCAGAACAAACAGGUUUCUGUUAAACGUCUAAUCACCUGGAUAAGCUGAACUACCCAACAGUUUCUCUGCACAUACCUGGUGAAUACCUUCCCGAAUCACCAGCAACUUGGCAACAACUCUCCCCACAUGUCCACAGACUUGCCACUCCAUAUACAUUCAUAUUUAAAAAUAUAUUUGCAUUUACUUUAAUACCAUAUCUGUAAGUCACCUUGUGCCUCUCUACAUGUUAAACAUCAUCAUCCACCAGCAAGAAGAAACAAAACUAACAAAAGACUUCAAGUGUUUUAGCAAAGUCAGAUGAACAGCCACCAGUCGCUUAAGGUCAACCAUAAGAUCAUUUAUGUGGAAUUGAAUGCCCUGAGAAAACGGCAUUUAGCGUUGUUCUGACUUGUUCAAACACCAAAACUUCAUUAUCAGCAUCAGCAUUACUCAUAUUGAGUUGGUCCACUGAAAAAAAAGCACUUAACACCAUCAUGGCCUCCAUCACCCACUUAUCGGAGACUGAAAUCCCAGACAACCACAGAGAGAGCUGGCUGGCACUACUUUCUGCUGCAGAAACAUAUUGCCAGAAGUCAGGUUGUGACUUGGCCAUACUAACAGCUUAUAGGAAGUUCCAGUCAUCAGCUGGAAGUGCAGGUAGAGGUGAAGAUGCGAGGAGUAAGCGAGAGAGCAGCAGUGCCUUUCUUAGGGAGUGUGACUACUCCUACAAUGUCUGGGGUCAGGGCUUUUUGGCUGAGUCAACGCGCCGCUACAUGGAAGAUAUUGGUGUGCUACACUCAACAACCAUGCUGACGGCCCAGAAGCAUACCCGCCAAGCUGAGGGGGAAGGGGAAACCAAACUGGUGGUUGACCUGUCCUCUGACCCUGGACACAAAGGGAGCUUCACAGCAGAUUGCGGUGUGGGUGGAAUCAGUCCCAAUAGCCGACUGUACUCCCAAAGCUACCCGUCCAUCUACAACUCAGGAGCUGGAGAUGGGCAGGUAGCUGCCCAGAACAGCAAUGGAGAACGAGUGAGAGAGAAGAGUGUACUGGAGGCAGAGAGAGGAAGACAGAGGGCUGGUAUUGUGGAUUUGGAAGAAGAGUGUGAAGAUGAGGAAGAAGAGGAGGACAUGGAUGAAAGAAGGACCUUUGGGACAGAAAGUGCUGGUGUGUUCUCCAUGGAUGAAGACUCUUUGUCUCGGGACUGUGAGCCCUUCUUUGAAUCUGAUGGGGAGGAGGAGAGCACAGAUGGCUCCUUGAGUGAAGAGGCUCCUCCUCCGUCUCGUGUCAUGGCAGUGGGAAAGGCUGCGUACUCGUCCCGUCAUGGUCACCCUAUGGCUCUGGCUCGCUCGCUACCAGUGUCUGUGCCUGUGUGGGGCUGCAGAGGAAACCGAGCUGCUCAGGGAGAAAGCAACAGUGGAGAACGGAUGGGCUGUGCUGACCUAGAGCACAUUGCUGCCAGUAUGAAAGCCCUGCUUGCCCCUGGAGCCACUGACGGAACAGAAAUGUUUGGAGCCCUGCCUCGACCCCGUCUCAACACCGGGGACUUCUCCCUUAAGCACUGAGCUGAAGCUGGAGUGAACAGGAAACAGAGAGUGAAAAGGUUGUUUUGUUUUCUUUUUACCUGAGGGCGGGUGUGGUGUACAUUCUGUGAAAUGGUGUCAGACCUAGUACCUCUAUUUAUUUCUCACUAACCAGAGUUAAUGACAAAUGAAGAGAAAGAGAAAAGGUGUUGUUAUGGCUAUGAACACUAACUUUUACAACACUACACCCCCGCCCCACCACCACCAUCGCUGCCCUGUCACUACACAUUUCACAAGACUAGUGAAGUGCAUUGUGAAACACUAUGGCAGGAUUGGACUUCGAGUAGUGCUUAACUAAACAUGAAGCUUGUGGCUUAUAAAAUGUGUGCAGGGGAACCCAGCACCACCUCCACAAAUGCAUUUUUGUACAAUUACUUUUGCUAAUGAAUGACUGACUGAGGACAUGAUUGUAAACAAACACAGUGGACUGUGUUGAUACCUUUGCUCCAGUCGUCUUAUUGAAGUGAUUGAAUGAAUGAGACAAAGACAUGUGGUGGAGGGUGUGAAAAAGUGAACCGAGUGAAGAGACAGGAACUGUUCAUAUCUGCUAUUUCGCAAAAAAAAAAAUCUGUUCAGUAUUCGUUUCAAAUAAAGGAGCAAAACUAAGAAACCUUAGUUAUUGUGUGUGGAUGUAAUGCUCUGAAAAUCCUCUAGAGGGCGCCAGUCCUCUACAGUUCGUUCAUUAGAAGGCUCCUGUAGUUGAAACAAAACUGUGACAUCAGUGUAAUUCCGCAAUACUAUUUAUUGAACACAGUCAGCGCUUAAAAAAAGGGCUUUUCUGACACUUGUUCAGUUUUUUCAUGGUCUUUACAGUUUGACAUGGGAAAUACCGUCUUUGAACAGAGGAGGGGGCCUCAGACAUCAAUUAUUUCCAACCUACAAUGCCAUCUUUAAUUCUCUCCCCAGGAAGUACAGGCGAGGUUACGGUAAUGAAAGGCAUUUAAAAGAAGAUGCAGCCAAAUGUGCACAAUUAGGAGACCUGUUUUCAAGAUGACAUAUAUAUUUCUGUGUAUGUUUGUGUUGGUGUAAGUGUCAUUGAAAUAGGAAAGCUGAUGGAUAUGAAGCAUUACCAGGUACAUGCUGUUGGAUGAACAGUGACAUAAGAUGCUCUUUUCUGUUCUUACAAUUGUAAAUCUGACUCCAUAGAAGUCAGUGCCUCACCAGCCAUGAACCUCGUCACUGGUUUGAGCUUGACAGACAAUGACAUUGUCAUGAAUUAACUUGCAGAAACCAGUGCUUUGCUUAGAAGGAUUUUGAUGCUGAAAGUAGCCUACUAAAUAUGCGUGCAGCCUUUUUACCUUAAAUAUUUAUCUGAUUUUAAUUUAAAAUGAAUCAUUGUGAAAGUGAAGUAUUUUCUGUUGAACUAUACCCAAUACAAAGGCAUU